AAUAUAAAAUGUUAUAGAAAAAGAUAUUAUUGGAUACGAUUCAAAAACAUCUAGACUAUUAUUAAUGGCUUCAGCUUCAGAUUAUGAAGAAACUAUGCCAAUCAGUAGUUCAUUGUUAAAUAAGUGUUCAAAUUUGAAACUUUGCUCAAAAUUAUUAGAUUCCCAUAUGUAUAUUAUGAAACGUUGGCUAGUCAACUAUCUUGUAAAAGAUGUUAAUAUUUCAACCCUUAAAGGAGAGCUACUUCCAUUUGUAGUGAAAAAACAACUAUCAAAACAUUGUAAAAACAUUGAACCAAAUGAAAAGUGUGAAGAUGAAGAAGAUGAAAAACCUGAUAUAUUCAACUUAUCAAAAGAAUCUGAUAUUGAAACUAAAAUUCGUUCAAUGUCUUGUUUUGGUAAUACAACUAACUUUGAAGAGAUGAUUAAAUGUUAUGCUUGUGUGAUUGAUUCAAACAUUGGAAUACGCGCAAACACUUUGUAUGAUUAUUGUAGAGUCAAUAAAAUUAUUCACAAGUUAAACAUGCAUUUAGGGGAAGAAAAAGAUAAAAUUUCACCAGAAGCUGAAAUUUUAUCAAAUCAAUUUGACAAGGAGACUUGUUUUGUUGGACCUAAUACCAAGAUAAUGGAGAAAACAUCCAUUAAAAGUAGCACUAUUGGUUCAAGAUGUACAAUUAAUUCAAAAACUAGAAUAACUGAUUGUAUUUUAAUGAAUGGUGUUACCAUUGAAGAGAGAUGUGUACUUCAAAAUUGUAUAGUAUGUCAUGAUGCUGUAAUAAGUGCUGGCUGUGAACUUAAAGACUGUUUGAUAAGCGGUAGUUUUAAAGUCCCAUCUGGAGGUAACUUAAUUUACUCAAUAUAUAAUAAAUAAUAAUAAUUUAUAAUU